AUGUCGGGCUCCUCGCUCGAAACCUGGGCGGUCCCUCGACUUGCUAAACUUCUUCCGCUUGACGAGGAAUCUCUUAAACAAGUCAUAUCAUAUUCGUCUUCUCUCUCCAAAGAUGAAAGUGCGGAACACUUAAAAAACCUACUAGACGACUCACCAGCGGCGCUUGAGUUUAUAUCCGCAUUCAAUUCGCGGCGUGGCCACCAUCAACGGCAGAGUGGUAAUGGUGGGACAAGCAGUAGUAGCGGGGGCGAUAGAGGCGGUCAGAUACCUAAGAAACAGGCUGGCGCGAGGUCUCAGAGAGCUCCGCUGAACCCUUCUUCUACAACUAGAUUGCCAGACGGAUAUGGAGAUACUAGCGGUGGAUAUGUCAAGUCUCAGACGGAAGAGAAUUAUAUGGCUGGUAGCAGCUCUGGCGGGAGAGGUGGCUUGGGCAAUGCAUCACCGGCGUCGUCACCGAGGAAUCGAUCACCGGCACCCUCAUCGUCGUCGAAGAGUAAGUUACCGCCAUCUGCUACCGGACCGAUGAUUUCGGAGUACCUGCCGAAUGUUCGAUCAAAAAAGGCUCCAAAGAAUUUUGGUCAUCCUACAGCUGUAACCUCAUCCUCGGGCAAUACUUCACAGAAAAAAGCCGGCCGUUCCACACCUACCACCACAACUACAACGACAAACAACAUAGCAGACAUCACAUCUGCCAUUGCGGCACUAGAGGUGCUGUCCUCGAACCCCUCGAAAACCCAAACUCGGAAGUGUAACUGCAACACCUCUAUACAUCCUCUCUUCACGCCUGCACCGAACUGCACCUCAUGCGGCAAAAUAAUAUGUGCUUUAGAAGGUAUACAGCCAUGUUCAUUUUGUGGCUCCCCGAUUCUCUCCAGUGAAGAAGUAGGAGAUAUGAUUCGCGAACUAAGAUCUGAACGAGGAAAUGAGAAAAUGCGUGCCCACAACGAUAGCUUCCGCCGGGAUGAUCAUGUCCCGUCUACUUCUCGAACAAGUGCUGAAAACGAUACAAAGUUAAAUGCCGCGAAAGCUCACCGUGACAAGCUUCUUUCUUUUCAGGCACACAAUGCACAAAGAACACGGAUUCUAGAUGAAGCGGCUGAUUUUGACAUACCUACUUCGUCUUCAACACAGUGGAUGACUCCAGCCCAGAGAGCACUGGCACUGAAAAAACAACAGCGCAUGUUACGGGAAUUAGAAGAGCAGUCUAAACCGGAGUGGGAGACUAAAGGUGUAGUAAUGAGCCUGGAGGUAAAGAAGGGGAAACUCGUGCGGACCUAUGAGAAAAGAGAGAAAGCAACGGUCGAAGAAACCGACACUGACGCCGAUGCAGACGAGGCAGUCGAUAAUACUACCGAAUCUCCUGGACUAUCUGUCGGGGAGGGGACCUUCUCCAACAACCCGCUGUUAAAGGGCGCCGGCUUAGUUAGACCGACGUGGAAACCGUCCGGUGAAGGCAGUAACACACUUCCGGUGCGAAGAAGGGAGCAGAAGCAGACCUGGAGGCGAGUUCAAGACGACAACGACGACAACGAGCAGUGGAUUCUUGAUGGGGGCUUACACGGAUAUGACAAGGAGUCAGAACCUGCACAGUGUGGUUAA